AUGGAGGAGUCUCGCGCGUUACAGAUUUGUCACAAAACAGUUGAUCUCUUGAGAGAGUGUGGUACAUUGGAAUACAUUCAUGACCCGGAUGGCGUUGCUAUAUUUGGUGAUUUACACGGCAGUUUAUACGACUUAUUCAGAGGAAUAAAGGACGCCGGUUGGCCUACCGAGCGAACCUUAAUUUUUCUCGGAGAUUACAUUGAUCGCGGGAAGCACUCCCUCGAAAUGGUCUUAUUGCUUUUCCUGCUGAAAUUACGCUACCCGAAAAGAAUGUACAUGCUGCGUGGUAAUCAUGAAACGAUGAGUCAGUGCUAUGCAAAUGAAGAUGAGGAACGUGGGUUGAUUCGAAAUAUUGAGCGUUGUUAUCCGAAUGCUAAUAAGAAUCUGAUACUGUUUAAUAUCAAUUUUGUUUUCGAUCACUUACCACUUGCUGCCAUAUUAUCAGAUCAAGUCUUACUUUGUCAUGGUGGUAUCUCGCAAUUUAUAAAAUCGAGAGAAGACAUUGCUCAGAUACCACGUCCGUUAACAUGGCUCGCGCCAGAAACAAAUGUCUUUCACAUAAGCAUUAUGACAGAUAUUCUAUGGGCUGAUCCAUCUAAGGAAAUAACAUCGAAAUAUUCACCUUCCGAACGUGGUGCAUCUUAUUUUUUCAACCGGAGAGCAUUGAAAGAGAAACUACGAGAAUUAAAUUGUCGAGCUCUCAUACGUGGUCACGAAGCUAAUACAGUAAGUUAUGAAAGUAAUACAGUGAGUAAUGCAUACAACAAUAGAGUUGCACAAUAA